AUGGUAGCAUUGGGAAAAGGAUUUUCCAUGCCUAACAACAUGGUUUUCAGAUCAGAGCUCCAACCUAUCACGCCGGAACGCUUCCUUGGCACUGAUUCAUCCUCUUCUUCUCGUCGAAGGGACCUCGUUUUUGUCGUCAACCCUCAAGGUGCUAAUGGAAGGACUGGUAGAGAAUGGAGGAAGUUAGUUCCAUAUCUUAAGUCUCGCCUUGGUAAAGAAUGCAAUAUAUGCGAAUCCUUGACUUCAGGCCCUUGUCAUGCAAUUGACAUAACGCGAGAGGCUAUAAGGGAAGGAGCUGAUGCUGUCAUUGCAGUUGGAGGUGAUGGAACUCUUCAUGAGGUUGUUAAUGGGUUUUUCUGGGCUGGGAAGCCUGUUGCUAGUCAAAUGAAUGAGUCUACACGUUCAACGGCUCUUGGUCUCAUCCCCUUGGGGACCGGUUCUGAUUUUGCAAGAACAUUUGGAUGGAAAAACGAUCCCUGUGAGGCUGUUGAACGCGUUGCUAGAGGGUUGAGAUCAAAGAUAGAUGUCGGAGUUAUUAGUGGAGAAAGUUGCGAACAUCAUUACUUCAUAAAUAUUGCAGACAUUCAUUUGACAGCAAAGGCAGGUUUUCAUGCUGCUAGGUACAAGGCUUUUGGAAAAGUGUGCUAUGUCAUCGGUGCAUUGCAAGCCUUCAUGGGACAUCAAAAUCAGGAUAUGAGAAUCAAGUUCAACGAAGGCGAGUGGGUUACAUUUCCUCAAGUGACAGCUAUUUGCGUCGGUAAUGCAAAAUACUUUGGUGGUGGCAUGAAAAUUGCACCGAAUUCUGAUCCUUUCACUGGAAAUUUAGAGGUCGUGAUUCUUCAAGACUUCAAGUGGUAUGAUUUUGUCCUCAAAUUACAUAAACUUUACAGUGGGACACAUCUCUCGGUUAAAAAUGUAUCUACAAGAAGUGUACUUUCUAUUGAGGUGGAGGACAUAUCGGGCAAGGGUGGCAUCUAUAUUCAAUCUGAUGGAGAGCAUUUGGGAUUCCUUCCAAAAAAGAUCUCUAUUCUGCCUGCUGCCAUUGAGAUGAUAUUUUGA